GUGCGUAAUUUUUCCAAAUCUUUAUUGGAGUCCUACUUUUGGGACCUUGCUGCCGUUCACUUCCUUAUCCUCUCCAAUCCUUUUUCUUCUGCCAUUAGAGACAACAGAAGAGAGAAAAUGGAAGCUUAUCUCCCUCUCUCCUCUUCAGUCUGCAUCACAUCCCGCCUAUAUUCAUCGCCGUCCUCCAAGCUUGUUUUCUGCACACACGCGAGGCGCCAAGCACGCAGCCCCUCAGUUGCAGACGUGGAGCGAGCCAUUGGCGCUGGCAGCUUCCACGAUAAUAAGCAUAACCCCAGGAGGGGUGUGGCAACAACUACACCUGCAAAGCUCAUAGAAAUGGUCCGAGAACCUGGUGUUGGACGUGAAGAGGGCUCUACUCCCAGGAAGCUUCACGAAGCAGGAGAGUGGAUGCUUCGCGAUACGGAGGACAGUUCUCGUUCCGGACAAGUGGCAUGUGUGUCAACAUGCAUUUGGCAAGUGGCAGUCUUGUUCAUGCAUGGCGAUGACACAAAAGGCGAUGGCAAUGGAACAAAAGGUGAUGGCAAUGACAUAAAAGGUGAUGGCGAUUACACAAGAGGUGAUGACACAAAAGGUGAUGGCGAUGGCACAAAACGCGAUGGCAAUAGCACAAAAGGUGAUGGCGAUGACACAAAAGGCGAUGGCGAUGGCACAAAAGGUGAUGGUGAUGACACAAAAGGCGACGGUGAUGGCGAUGAUACAAGGAGAGAUGACACAAAAGGCAACGACAAUGGCACAAAAGGCGAUGGGGAUGUCACAAGAAGCGAUGACACAAAAGGCGAUGGCGAUGGCACAAAAGGCGAUGGCGAUGACACAAGAGGAGAUGACACGAAAGGCAAUGGUGAUGGCACAAAAGGCGAUGGCGAUGGCGCAAAAGGCGAUGGCGAUGACAUAAGAGGCGAUGACACAACAGGUGAUGGCAAUGACAUAAGAAGCGAUGACAUAAAUGGCGAUGGCGAUGGCACAAAAGGCGAUGGCAAUGGCACAAAAGUCGAUGGCGAUGACACAAGAGGCGAUGACACAAAAGGCGAUGGCGAUGACACUAGAGGCAAUGACACAAAAGGCGAUGGCGAUGGCACAAAAGGCGGUGGCGAUGACACUUCUCUUCUCCUCUUUUGUUGGCUCUGUAUUGCCAUAGAAGCCCCUCCAGCUGGGAAAGGUUUCGAUCCUUACAUUUCGCGCCUUGGAGACACUGCAUGUGAUUUGUGGAUUUUCAAUGGCUAGAUGAUGCCUUGCCUUCUUUGUAAGAUUUCUAGUAGGUGGGAGAUUCUCAUUAGACGAGAGGUACGAGACAUUAUCAAAACCCAUGGUGAUCUUACCCCUCGGGAUUUCCUUUUUUCCAUUGAGCGUUUGAGUGGUUGCCCUGAUCAUGUUACAUGGCCAUACCUCGAGAAACUUGUCUUCUAGGUCAUACGAGAUCUCCUUCCAGAUUGAUCCCGAUCUACGGCCUCGUUGUGGUAGUAUAUGACACUAAUCUGUUCGAAUGGCUUCCCUUGCUUUGUCCAAGAUAUACUGAGUAGGAACUCUAUGCGCAUGCUUGAUAACUAUCUUAACAUGCGCCUUAUGGACUUGUGUGUACUUUUUGAACUCCGCCUUGGGAACUCGGGUAGGCUUGUAAUUGCCUUGCCUCAAAUCCUGUUCUAUUGCGGUGAUCUGUGAAUGAAUAAUACGAGAUGAUCUUGGUGGCUCAUCUUUGUGAGAACUCAUGGCUGCUGGUCGAUGAGUAUCACACGGAUUGAGCAAACCUGCAUCAUAAGAAUGUCUGACCGUCGGCAUUUGGGCUACAUACAGUGAUCUCGACAGGUUUGCAUCACGAGGAUUCCUAACUGCUAGUUGAUGGGUGUCGCAUGAGUUGGACGAGUUAGCACCAUAGAAAUGUUAAACUAUCGGCAUUUGGGCUGCAUACAAUGAUCUAGGCAAGUUAGCAUCGUGAGGAUUCCUAAUCGCCAGCCGAUAGGUGUCGUGUGAGUUGGAAGAGUUAGCACCAUAGGAAUGUUUACCUGCCUGCAUCUGAGCAUUCUUAACAAUUGAGCGUGAAGCUCAUAUGAUCAAAGGCAAAAAACGGGAGCUCUAGGGCAUAGACAUGAGGUGCCUCGACGGCUCAGAUAGUGACUUAGCCUUUACAAAAAUAGCUCGGUCACUCUUCUUUAGCGCUGUGACAGAUUGGUUCGCAGACCGCAAUGGACUUUCUUCACUUGGGAUAUUGUAAGUGAUGGCGUCGCUGUCGAGCUUUGCUUGCAAACGUUGGUUGGGGUAAGUCAAAAUCAUCCUCAAAGGUCUGUUGCCCAGUAAAUAUGAUUGAUAUUGAUUGGAAGGAAUGUGAUAUGAAGGCAUGAGCCACUAUUUGUUUAUGAUUGGCGAAUGAA